AUGAAGAGAAUAUUUGCGGCCUGGGAAACGGCGAUUGCUGCCAGCAAAACGAUCCAGACUGAUCGAGAAACGGAGAAAAACCCAACCCAACUGGACAUGUUCAAUCCGGCCACUGUCAUGAAUGCCGGCUUCUUGCGAGGACGCCCACUGGUGGUGCUAAUCCACGGCUAUACGGGACACCGUGACUAUGCACCGAACCCCACGAUACGGCCCGCUUACCUGGCCCACGGCGAGUACAACAUCAUCUCGGUCGACUACGGACCACUGGCACUGGAACCGUGCUAUCUGCAGGCGGUGCGUAAUCUUCCGACGGUGGCCAACUGCACGGCCCAGCUGUUGGACUUCAUCAUCGCCAGCCGCAUCGUGCCACUGGAGGACAUUCACGUGGUGGGCUUCAGUCUCGGCGGUCAAACUUCCGGCAUGAUCGCCAACUACCUGCGGGCGGGCAAGCUGCGGCGCAUAACGGGGCUCGAUCCGGCCAAACCACUGUUCGUGUUCGCUCCGAACGACCAGAAGCUCGAUCAGUCCGAUGCCGAGUUCGUGCAGGUGAUCCACACGGACGUCUUCCAGCGGGGCAUACUGCAUCCGAGCGGACACGUCGACUUCUACGUGAACGGCGGUGUGGAGCAGCCCGGCUGCAACAUGGCCACCAUGAUGACGGCGGGCGAAUGCAACCACAACCGGGCGCCGGAGUACUACGCCGAGUCGAUCGGGACCGACGUUGGCUUCUACGGGUACCGCUGUGCCCACUGGUACCUGUACAUGUUGGGCAUUUGCCGAGGAGGCGGCCCGAACCAGCAGCUGGCCAUUAUGGGCGCGCACACACCCAACACGACACGCGGACUCUAUUUCCUGCACGUAAACAUGAUGCCCCCUUACGCAAGAGGAAAAAACGUGACACUCCGCGAUGAACUGGCGAUCAUAGCUGCCAACAUACGGAACUAG